GUCCCGGUGGUCGGCCCUCCUUCCCGUUCCCUUUCCCGGGGGAGCAGAUGGAGCCCGCCAACGGCAGCCCGCCGGACUCCGGCUUCUCCCAGCAGGCCACCCCCCGCCUGCUCAUCGAGGACUCCCAGCCCGACAGCCGGGGCCCGGACCAUGGGCCCGGCCUGCUCGCCCGACACCUGCCUCACCUGCAAGCCCCCGAAGGCGGCCCACGCCCGGUGAUGUCGGGCAGUGAGCAAACAGCUCCAGAAGGAGGACCGGAAAGCAGCAGUGGGCUUGCCGAGCAGGUGGAUGAAAGAAGGAGUUUAGAGCCCAUGGACACAUCCAGCCCCUCAGACCUGGAUGGUUCGCUAAGCCAGGUCAUCGAACGACUACCGCCACAGCCCAACAGGAAAAUCAGCCUGCUUGGGGCAGCCAUGGAAGCAGAGGAGGAGGAGAAGGCCGGGGCAGAAGACUCUGAAGACUGCACUCCGUGCUCCCUUGUGGCUGAAGAUGCGGGCACGUCUCAGCUGGGCUUCGGGGCGCUGGAGCUCUCCCAGAGCCAGGACCUCGAGGAACCCAUUCCCCCAACCAAGCCGGACAGUGGAUCACCGCUGCAGCUGGGAACUGCAGGCCUCGUGCCAACUGCCCCCAACUCCCCCACUGAACCGUGCUCUGCCCACCCUGCCAACCUGCCUGCAGUGCAGUCCGGUGAAGAGGCGCCUACAGAAAGCUGGCAAAGGGAGCCGGAGGAGAGGUCAGCGGCCGUGCCCUCCCCCUGCCGUGCCUCGCCAGCCGUGGUUCCCCAAGCUGCUGCCGAGUCCGCUCAGAGGCUGGCAGCCUCCCCGGAGCUGCCAGGAAGCGGGGCUCAGGAACAGGAGGCUCUGACAGCAGGUCAUCCGGAGCCCCAGGUUGUGUCCAGCCAGGAAGACAUGUUUGACCCGAGCCUGCCCCCAGCUCCCGGAGCCCACUGCUCCCCUUCCCGGGUGCACUGCGGGUAUGGCGACCGCAGCGAUGGCAAUCUUGGUGGCGGCAACCAUGCCUGUUCCCUGGCAUCCACUCCUGCCAGCACACUGCAACUCCUGCACCUCUCCGGACAGGAAUCCUUUGUGCAGGAAAGUCUGUCCACGGCUUCCUCUGAACUCGUCGCUCCUUCCCCAGACGCUUUUCGGUCGGCCCCAUUUAUCGUCCCCAACACGCCCACUGGGCCCCCUGGGCCAGAAGAGGAGGCAAUGGAUGUGGCGGACACCCCCGUGGGAGGAGGAGAGGAUGCUCGGCAGAAACCUCAAGAUGAUGAGCCGAUGGAAACGGACGCUCCCCUGCCCCCAAGCGAACCCUCUGUGUUCCCACAGGCUUCGACUCCCGUGUCACAGAGCGCCCCAGCCUUCACGCCGAGCUCCUUCCCCAUCCCAUCGCAGCCGGAGUUUUCUCAUGACAUCUUUCUUCCCUCGCCUAGCUUGGAGGAGGGGCCGAGCAGAGAGGAGGGCCCAAGUACCCAGCCGACGAAGUCGUCAGCUGACGUGGACCUGUCUCCGACAGCGGAGUCCUGCAAGUUGGUGCUCUCUGCCAGCGAGGGCCUCGAGUCUUCCCAGGCUGAGGGUCGGGGCACCGGUCAGCUUGACACUGACCCAGAGAGCUCCCAGAUCCAGGAGACAGGCCCCUCGGAACCCCAGCUCCGUCCCACGGAGGAUUCACACGGACAACCGAGCCUACCACAGGACGGCCAGGCGGCUCCGGGGGCCGACCACCAGCCCUCCUCAGCAGCGGGGGCGGCCAGCACCGUGAUCCCCAGAGGCCAAGACGGGGAAGAGGCAGCAUCCAGGGAGGCUGACACAGACCUCACGGAUGGCGCGCCUAGGGCCAGGGCUGCUCCCUCUCCCCACACGUAUCCCCCUACAUCUCCCCCGACUCAGGCCCAAGCUGCUGUGAGAGGCUUAGAGCAGGAAGAGAUUCUGGAUGUGGAAGGCUGUCCAUCUGAGGAAGUGUCUUCGGCGUCUGAGGUUGAGCAAGUCCCCGAGACACCUUGUGAGAGCCAGGAGCAGAGCCAGGGCCUGGAACAGCACCAGGGGCUGGAGCAGGGCCAGAAGCAAAGCCAGGGGGUGGGGCAGGGCCGGGGGAAGGCCCAAGGGCCGGAGCUGAGUCAGUUGCAGGGCCAGGGACUGAGCCAGGAACAGGGCCAGAGGCUCAGUCAGGAGCAAGGCCAAAGGCUAAGCCAAGAACAGGGCCAGGAGCUGAGCCAGGAGCAGGGCCAGGGGUUGAGCCAGGAGCAGGGGCAGGAUCUGAGCCAGGGGCAGGGCCAGAGGCUGAGCCAAGAACAGGGCCAAAGGCUGAGCCAGGAACAGGGCCAAGGGCUGAGUCAGGAACAGGGCCAGCGGCUGAGCCAGGAGCAGGGCCAGCGGCUGAGCCAGGAGCAGGGCCAGCGGCUGAGCCAAGAACAGGGCCAGGAGCGGGGUCAGAGGCUGAGCCAGGAGCGGAGUCAGAGACUGAGCCAGGAGGAGGGCCAGAGGCUGAGCCAGGAGGAGGGCCAGAGGCUGAGCCAGGAGGAGGGCCAGAGACUGAGCCAGGAGGAGGGCCAGAGGCUGAGUCAGGAGCAGGGCCAGGAGCUGAGCAAAGGACAGGGCCAGGAGCUGAGCCAGGUGCAGGGUCAGGGGCUGAGCCAGGAGCGGGGCCGGGGGCCGAGCCAGGAGCGGGGCCACAGACUGAGCCAGGUGCGGGGCCAGAGGCUGAGCCAGGAGGAGGGCCAGAGGCUGAGCCAGGAGGAGGGCCAGAGGCUGAGCCAGGAGGAGGGCCAGGGGCUGAGCCAGGAGCAGGGCCAGGGGCUGAGCCAAGAACAGGGCCAGGGGUUGGACCAGGAGCAGAGCCGGCAGGGAAAGGGUCCAGAGCAAUGCCAGGGGCAGGAGCAGAAUGAGAGAGGAGAGCAAGACAGCCAGAGCAGCAUGUCCCUGCAUCUCUGUCUUUCUCAAUCUCAGUGGCCAGGGCUGGGUGUCUGCAGGGACAGCCAGAGUCAGGUGGGCCCAGACGCGAUGGAGGUCGAAGUCAGCGAGUGCAGCGGGAAUUCUGCGGCAGCGCUGCCUGAGGCACACCGGGAACUGGAUCUGGAGGCUCGAGCGGCUGAUGGAGGACCUAGUUCAGAAGACUCUGGGAUGCUAACCGCCGAAGGACAAGGAGGGCAAGGUCAGUGUGGCCCAGCCGACUGCCCCCCCGUGCUCAGCCUGGCACGGGACAGAGCACCUGACGCACCCCUCCAAAGCACAGCUACUCCGGGGAGUGAAGCCCAGCCACAGAGUCGAGGGGAGAAGAGCCAAGAACCCGGAGGGGAGGGACAGAAGCCCAUGACUAUGCAGGAGAACUCCCAGCAGCCCCUGGGGCUCUCUGGGCAGCCGGCUCACGUGAUGAGAACCGGACUAGGAAAGCAUCCACCCGAGGAAGUCGACAAUUUCUUAAUUAAAUGCUCCAAGAUGGAUGACACCAAGCGGAUGGGAAGCCAUGGUGAGACCCAGCAGGCAGAGGGGGUAGCGGAGCCCCUGCCCCCAAGUCCCUGUGAGAGCUCCAGUGCUCCCCACGUGGCCUCUGCGUGUGUGUCUGAAGCCCCGUUCCGGUUCACCCUGCCGAAGGAGGGUGAGCUCAUCCCGCCCCUGAGCAGCACGCCCCCUCUGCUGAUGGAGCACCUGAAGCGGGGGCCCCGGAGGCACAGCACGCCCAUCGCACCUGCAGUGGAGGGCGGCUGUCCGGAGAGCACCAUGGCCACCAGCGAAGUUAUGGCCGAAAGCUCGGUGAGCGCCAGCGACAGCACCAUUGACAGUGAAAAGGGGGCGAGGGCAGGGGCCGCCGGCACGGAAGGGGAGCUUUGCCUGAUGAUGAAACUGGUCAGCCCAGAAACCGAGGCCAGUGAGGAGUCUCUACAGUUCAGUUUGGAAAAGCCAAUAACCGGAGAAUGGGAAAAUGGAUCCGCCGCUGUUGCCGGGGCCGUUGCCAGCCUCCAACAGCCCAUCUCCGUGUUCAGUCGGGUGUGUGAAGUGCGACAGGAGGAUGAGGCCAGGGGCCGUGACUCACCCACUGCCCAUCUCAGAGGCCCCCUGUUCCGAUUCCCGAGCCUGCAAGCGGAGGAGGAGGAGGACAAGAAGGAAGAGCUGGCAGGCAACCACAGGACUCGGCUGGGCCACCAACCUGGCAAGCCUGGCCAUCCCGCCCAGGACUCGACCUCCCCACCGCCUUUGCAGAGGCAGCCCCCCACCCCACGGCCGACCAGCCAGAAGGGCCCGGCCUUGGACGGGGAUGGGCCAGAAGGCCAAGAAGGGGAGAGGAAAGCCAGUCCGGACCAGCCUUCCCAGGACAUACGGAGCCCGGACCCCCAGCCCAGCACUCGGCACAAAGGCAUCCAGACCGUGGCCCCGGCCUCCGUGGCCCCCGCCGCCGUGUCGGCGGCCACACAGACCCCGGGUGGCCGGGGCAGCCAGGUGGAGGUGGGGACGAAUACGGCGGGCCAGAGCCUCGGGAAGCAGGAUGCCAAGAUCCAGACGGAGAGAAGCCAUGGCCAGGGAGACACCACGGAUUCACUGCCCGGCCAGGAGGAAGAGGAGGCAUUUGAGCUGCCCCAGCCGCCGCCUGGCCAGGUCCUGCAUCGCCACGUAAGGACCAUCCGGGAGGUCCGCACGCUGGUCACGCGUGUGAUCACAGAUGUGUACUACGUGGAUGGCGCAGAGGUGGAGCGGAAGGUCACGGAGGAGACGGAGGAGCCGGUGGUGGAGUGCCAGGAGUGCGACACGGAGGUCUGUCCGUCGCCGGCCGGCGGCUCGUCGGGCGACCUGGCGGACAUCAGCUCCUCGUCCUCCAAGGCCUCCAGCCUGCAGCGCACGUCUAGCGCGCACAGCAGCAGCGGCGGCAGUUCCGGGAGGGGAGCUGGACUCCCCCUCCCCCGUGGGAAAGGCAGCAGCGCCCAGCACGGCGAGUUCACCUGCCCUGGAGCCCCAGCGGGGCUGGGCACACCCAGCCCCCGGAAAGGCGGGGUGCACAUGGGGGCACCGGCGCCCGAAGAGGGUGGAGAAGCAGCAACCGGCAGUCGGCAGGGGAGCAAGGGAGCAACCACUCCCCGUGGACGGGGACGCCGGGGCCGUCCCCCUUCUCGAACCGCCGGAACCCGAGACGCAGCAGGGCCGGGCAUCGAGGAUGGGUCUGCCAGCGUCUCUCCGGACGACCAGCCUUACACCCGCGUCGUGUCUCGACCGGCGGAGGGUGGCCGGCGGGCCGAGGCGGGAGCCACGUCCUGCCGCCGCAGCAACUCCCCGGAGAUCCCACUGCAGGGCCCACCCGGGGACCCCGAUCCUGCCGGUGGAGUCGGCGGCAGCUUUGUGGGGCUCCGUGUGGUGGCCAAGUGGUCUUCCAACGGCUACUUCUACUCUGGGCGGAUCACCCGGGCCGCCGGCGGAGGCCGGUACAAGCUGCUGUUCGACGACGGCUACGAGUGUGACGUCCUGGGCCGGGACAUCCUGCUCUGCGACCCCAUCCCGCUAGACACGGAGGUCACCGCGCUCUCCGAGGAUGAGUACUUCAGUGCGGGGGUGGUCAAGGGGCACCGGAAGGAGAGCGGGGAGCUGUACUACAGCAUCGAGAAGGAGGGCCAACGGAAGUGGUACAAGCGCAUGGCCGUCAUCCUGUCCCUGGAGCAGGGCAACAAGCUGCGGGAGCAGUAUGGGCUGGGGCCCUACGAGCCCACCACGCCCCUCACCAAGGCCGCUGACAUCAGCUUAGAUAACCUGGUGGAGGGGAAGCGGAAACGGCGUAGCAACGUGGGCAGCCCGACGACACCCAGUGGGGGCAGCGGCGUCACCCCCCCGCGCCGGGCCCCCGACAGCCCCCGGCUCCCCUCCGGCCUCCUGUCCGGGAAGAGGAAGCUGGUCCCCCUGGAAGAGGAGCGGUCACCAGCCAAGCGAGGGCGCAGGGUCGGAGCCGGGAAACCUGGGACUUUGGGGGCUGGGGAAGGCGAGCACCCCCCUUGUGAGGCUGGGGACCCCCUGGCCCCAGAGGACCAGCGGGGACCACUGCCCCAUAACAAGACCCUGUUCCUGGGCUACGCAUUCCUCCUCACCAUGGCGAGCGCCAGCGACCAGGUGACCAGUCACCAGAAAGUGCCCAACGGCCCUGCAGGAAGCAGUGAGGAAGAGGACGAAUUUGCAGAGAUGCCGCCGUACAACAAGCAGCACACUGAGGCCCAGCUGCGGGCGGGGUCAGGCUACAUCUUAGAAGACUUCAACGAAGCCCAGUGCAACAUGGCCUUCCAGUGCCUCCUGAUCGCCGACCAGCACUGCCGGACGCGGAAAUACUUCCUGUGCCUUGCCAGCGGGAUCCCCUGUGUGUCCCACGUCUGGGUCCAUGACAGUUGCCAUGCCAACCAGCUCCAGAACUACCGCAACUACCUGCUCCCCGCCGGCUACAGCCUCCAGGAGCAGAGGGUCGUGGAGUGGCAGCCCCGGGAGAGCCCCUUCCACGGGCUGAAGGUGCUGUUGGUGUCAGAUGAGCAGGAGGGCUUCCUGGAGCUCUGGGCUGAGACCCUCAUGAGCGGAGGGGCCGCCUUGGUGAAGCAGCACCACUCCAGCUCCCAGAACAGAGAUGUGGCCUUGGGCGUGUUUGACGUCGUCGUGACGGACCCAUCCUGCCCGGCCGCGCUGCUCAAGUGUGCGGAGGCGCUUCACCUGCCCGUUGUGGCUCAGGAGUGGCUCAUCCAGUGCCUUGUCGCUGGGCACCGAGUCGGCUACCAGCAGCACCCCAGAUACAGGCCUGACUGCGGCCCUCGCUGACGCCUCCCUGUCCCCUCCCCACUUUUACGGCUGGGUGGAACCCGACCAUUUUAUCUCCGUGUCUGUCUGUCUGUGUUAGCUGCGCUGCGUGCAUGAAUCACUGUACAUAGUUUUAUCUGCUGGACUUUUAUGACAAAAUAAAUGUUGGAUCUCUA